GUGCGCGCAUGAGGACACUAGUUUCUCCCGAGUGUGUGUGUGUGAGCGAGCUGCACUUGUCGUAACCGACGGAUGCUCAAGAAAAGAAACCAUCCGAAAAAAGUGGACAGGAGAAUAAAGAAAAGAGCAAAUAUCGAAAACAGCAUAAGAAAAUAUGUGGUUUCAUUAGAGACGGUCUGUAGUAGAAUAUUCAUCAUACGCUUGGCCAUAUCUGCUUCAUGACAUACCAGGCAUGACCCUCUCACGGCACAGAUAAACCUGCUUCCUCCAGCCUUUAACCUGGUUAUCACUGGAGCCACAGAACUGAAGAUGGAUGAAAUUGACUUUGGCAGAUCCAAGCCUCUAGCAGAGGAAUCAAAUUUCCAGACCACAAACAGUGACGCCAUCAGUAUUGACGAAUGCCGUUAUAAUGUGCUGCGUGAAGAUCUGGAGACAGAUGCUCGGGACUUUGAGGCUCCCACCUGGAGUUUAGCUGUUGACCCGCAAUAUUUGAAAAUCUUUUCCAAAGAUGCCGUCAAAAGACAGGAUGUAAUCCACGAGCUGAUUCAGACAGAAAUCAACCAUGUGCGCACGCUAAAGAUAGUUUUGGGUGUAUAUAUUCGGGAACUGCGUAGCACCCUACAAAUGGAUGAGACACAACUGGAAAGGCUGUUUCCACAGGUGGAAAACCUGCUGCAGGUGCACCAGUUUUUCCUUGACAGUCUCAAACUGCGAAGACUCAAAUUCAUGGAGCCUGGGAGUACCCAGAAUUACUGCAUCCACAAUCUUGGAGACAUCCUCAUAACACAGUUCUCUGGUGAAAUGGGAAGCAGACUGCGGGACCUCUAUGGCACGUUUUGCAGUCGUCACACCGAUGCGGUCAACUUCUAUAAAGACUUGAUGCAAAACAACAAGAAGUUCCAAAAUUUGAUACGAAAAAUAUGCCAGCUGUCCAUUGUGCGCCGAUUAGGAAUACCAGAGAUUAUUCUCCUUAUAACUCAGCGCAUCACAAAGUACCCGGUUCUGUUUGAACGCGUCAUUAAAUACACUGAAGUUGACUCAGCAGAACACAUGGACCUGGUACAAGGGCUGGACUUUCUGAAGGAUACCAUAGCACAAGUGAACGCUCAUGUGGACGAGGUUGAGAAAGCGGCACGGCUGAGAGACCUUAGCAGUAAACUGGAGCCCAAGUCCCAGGUGAAGAUGACCAGCGGGAGGGUGUUUCGUCGAGAGGACAUGCUGCAGGGCAAGAGGAGGCUGCUUCAUGAGGGCACGCUCAACUGGAGGGUCACGAACAACAAAAGCAAAGGUGAUAAGCAUACAGAUGUUGUUGUCUUGCUGUUGUCCGAUGUUUUGCUGCUUUUACUGGAGAAAGAUCAGAGACUUACCUUUGCCUCUCUGGAUGGUAAGCCUGCUGUGAUCUCUCUGCUGAAGCUGAUUGUGCGUGAAGCGGCUCAUGAUGAGAAGGCCAUGUUCCUCAUCUCGGCCUCCUUGGACACUCCAGAGAUGUACGAGUUUCACACCUCCUCUGGAGAGGAGCGCAACACCUGGACAAACCAGAUCUGGAAGGCAGUAGAGCGCUGUCCAGAAGGAGUGGAAGAGGAGCCAGAAGAACUUCCUGAGAAGAUCAGGGAAUUUCAAAGAAAGCUGUGUGUGCAUGAUGCCUCGAUAGAGCAGCAUCUCACAGAGAAGCUGAAGUUAUUCCACAGCAUCUCAGCUUCAGUGACGGGUGUUUCAGACACCUCGACGAGUGAGCGCCAUCUGCUGCGUGGGAAUGCAGUAGAGCCCCUGCAGUGCGCACGACUUCUCACAGGAGCCUUGAAGGAUGUGGAGAAUUUACAGAACUUGCUGGUGAUGUGUGAGCAUGGCCAAUCUCCUUCCUCUAGUGAGGCAAUGGAUCUGGUGCUGAAGAGACCCGAUGCUGUCACAGGCUUGGAGAACAAUACUCACAUUUUACCUGAAAAUGGUUUUGAGAGUUUAUUGGAAAGGAGAGACGGAAUUCAAGUGGCCAACUCAAACUUGGACCCCCAGCUAAGAGAACUUUAUUUCAGUGAGAACAAGGAGCUGUCGGCAGAUGAGGAUGCGAUUCUACUGAACUGGAGUGCAUAUCUCUCAGUCUUCUUUCCUAAAGCAGAGCUUUAUUCUACAGUAACUCAGUUGUCUCAGAAACUCUACAGCCUUCAGUCUGUGGUCCAGCAGUUAGAGAGCCACAUCGAGAUUCAGCGUGCCACUAUUGAAGAGAUGAUGUCCCGACCACGGGGAAACUCUCUCCUGGAACAGGAAAAGCACCGGAACAUGCGGAAACAGCAUGAAGAGCUGGCCAACUUCCAGCGGCUCCAGAACCAGCGCCGACAGGAGCAGAUACAGUGGGAGCAGGAGAGAGAGAGGCAGAUGCUGCAGGCCGAGACUAGGGAGAACGAGCUGAGGGAGAGAGAGAUGGCAUGCAGCAGACAGGAGGAAACGUUGGCUAAGGAAAAACUAGAACUGGCCCAGUGGAGAGAGGAAUACCAGCAAGAUCUGGAGCGGCUGCGAGAGUCCAUGCGUUCUGUGGAGAAGGAGAAAGAAAAGCUGGAGCAGCAGAAGAAAUAUAAGAAAAACGAGAAUGUGCCUGCAGUCUAUCCACUUGAAAAUGAACAGAUACAGAUACCACCACCGUAUUCCACACUCAACAUAGUUUCCCCAGGCUUCGCAGAGAGGCCUCCUCUGGUCCCCCCACGCAGAGAGAGCAUUACUGGCUCACUUGUUAAACCAGAAGUGCCCAUCCAUCUUAUUAGCACCACCAACCAAACCCUCAAAGCUGGCUCCGUCCAACAGAAGAUCCCUACCAAACUUGCUGCUCAACCUAAAGGCAAAGAGAAGCACAGCAAACACAGGAACUCCCACCAGCGCACAAACAGCGCAGCUGCCAUAGAGGUGUCUCAUUUCGUUCCCAUCAAAUUUGCAGGAAGGGAAGGAGGCAGUUUAAAGGCUGUGAGGUCCAGCAGUCCUCAGCAUCUCCAUCCAGAUUUAUUUACCCAUCCAGAUAAGUUGUCCAGCUCCGUUUCUUCUCAUUCGGGGAACCCCAGCCGGAAGCACAACCACAGUCAUAACUCACACACUACUAGCACACACAGCACCCAUUCGGGACAUCGUAAAACCAAAGACAGCCCAAAUGCAGAAGACAUUUAUUUCUUUUAAUUCUCCUGUGUGACUAUAAUACAGAUGUGGAGCGACCGUUAUUUCUCAGACAUGACCUACACUGGAGGAAUUCAUGCCUUUCAAAGAAUAGUAAUCAAUACUUUUCUGCCUUUAUUCUGACUUAAGUUGAAUUGAUAUGGAGCAUUCACACGGUUGGUUAAAAAAAAAUCUAUUUAGGAGGAAACUCUUUAUCAUGCCUAACCCAGAGAGUUUAAUGGCUCUUAUUAAGUCUGUUUUAUAAAGAUUGUGUGGUCUUAACAGUACAGUCUUAACAGUAUCUCUCAGUAUCUGUGUUCUGGUCCAUUGCAGAGCAGUCUUUAAUAAUUUGUCAUUCAUGUAAAUAGCCGAUUUUAGUUAUUUAUUGUGAUUUUUAAUUCAGGGAUGUUUGAUCCUCUAAGCAUUACACUGGAAAGUCUUUUAAUGGUAGAUCUAUUUAAUGUGUGGAAUACGGUUUGUUUAAAGUGUAAAUGUCCUUUCUGGGUUUCUCUCCAGUUUUCCUUCUGUCAUCUGGAAACUUGUUAUAUUCUAGUGUUUUAGAACAAAUAGCCUUGAAUGUUUUUCCUUGACUGGGGAUAGAUACGCUUCACUACUCAAUGUCAUGGCUUAUUUUGUGCUGUUAGACCGCAAACAAUUCAGUUGGGUGAUUAUUUUGUACAUUUUUAUUUUGAGAAAAUACCAAUUGUCUUAAUGAUCAACUGUACAUUAUAAAUGAUGCAGAGCAAAUGCUGUUUUUUUUUUGGUUCUCCAAAAGAGAAAUUGAUGCACUUUUAAGUGCUUGUUAACUGCUCAGUGACAUGAACAAACAUAAAACAUGUGUGCUCAGUUUUACUUUA